AUGGCAUCCUCUUCCACCGCUUCUGUUGAACCUGAUAGACAUGCCAAAGCUUUACAAGAUUAUCGCAAGAAAUUACUUGAACAUCGUGAAGUUGAAGCAAAUAUUAAAGAACUUCGCCUUGGUUUUCGCGAUCUUGAAAAGCAAUAUAAUAAAACAGAAGAUGAUAUCAAAGCAUUGCAGAGUGUUGGACAAAUCAUUGGUGAAGUUUUAAAGCAAUUGGAUGAAGAACGAUUUAUUGUAAAGGCUUCAUAUGGUCCAAGAUAUGUUGUGGGAUGCAGAAACAAAGUUGAUAAAGAGAAACUUAAACAAGGAACGAGGGUGGCUUUGGAUAUGACAACCUUAACCAUUAUGCGUAUGCUACCAAGAGAAGUUGAUCCAUUAGUUUAUAAUAUGAGUUUAGAAGAUCCCGGCAAAGUAAAUUUUGCAGGUAUUGGUGGUCUUGGUGAACAAAUACGGGAACUUCGAGAAGUAAUAGAGCUGCCACUUAUGAAUCCAGAGCUUUUUAUUCGUGUAGGAAUCAAACCACCAAAGGGAGUUUUACUAUAUGGGCCACCUGGUACUGGUAAAACACUUUUAGCUCGUGCGGUAGCUAGCACUCUUGAAACCAAUUUUUUAAAAGUAGUUUCAAGUGCUAUCGUAGAUAAAUAUAUUGGUGAAAGUGCCAGGUUAAUUAGGGAAAUGUUUGGAUAUGCUAAAGAUCACGAGCCUUGUAUCAUUUUUAUGGAUGAAAUUGAUGCAAUUGGAGGAAGACGAUUUUCAGAAGGAACCAGUGCAGAUCGUGAAAUACAAAGGACUCUAAUGGAGCUUCUUAAUCAAAUGGAUGGAUUUGAUUACCUAGGACAAACUAAAUUAAUUAUGGCCACCAAUAGACCUGAUACUUUAGAUCCAGCACUGCUUCGGCCUGGACGUUUAGACAGAAAGAUAGAGAUCCCUUUGCCAAAUGAACAAGGGCGUCUUGAAAUUUUAAAAAUUCAUUCAGCUCCUAUCACCAAAAGUGGUGAAAUUGAUUAUGAAGCUAUUGUAAAGCUAACAGAUAGUUUCAAUGGUGCAGAUUUACGAAAUGUUUGCACAGAAGCAGGUAUGUUUGCAAUUCGUGAAGAACGAGAUUAUGUGGUUCAUGAAGAUUUUAUGAAAGCAGCACGUAAAGUUGGAGAUGCAAAGAAAUUAGAAUCUAAAUUAGACUAUGAAAAAUUAUAA